CUCCUCUGAUCGUGACACUAACAAAAUGAAAGUUGCCAUCGCCCUCCUGGUUGCCACUCUGGCCGUUGCCACCCAAGCAUCAUACAUACCAACCGUUUGGCCCCAACACGGUGCAUGGAACAACUGGAAUAGAUGGAAUGGUUUAAACAGCUGGGAUAAUCAUGGUUUGGUUGCCAAAUCGUGGUCUCCUGCGUGGCCAGUUGCCUCCCAAUGGAACAACAAUGGAUGGAACGGAUAUUAUGGUGGUGUGGCCAAACUGAACUCCUGGGGUCUUCCAUGGGCAGGAUAUGGUGCUGGAGCCUACGGUUGGGGACAUCAUGGACUCGCCAAGACUGUUGUGCCGGUAGCGAAGCAGAUCGGUGCCACACCAGGAUCGCUACACGUUGCCCCGGUGCCACUCGAUGGAGUGAAGGUUGUUUUGCAUUGA